AUGGGGCGCUCCGACAACAAGAAGGAGCUCACCGGUGAAAUCGCCGACCUGAUCGGACGAGUCGGGCCUUGGCACUUCAUACUAUUAGCUGUGAUCUUCGUCAACUCGGUUUUCAAUGCGUACGGACAGCUCGCCAUGGCAUUUAUGCUGCCCCCCGGUGUUUCCUAUAACUGCAGCGGGAGUCAAGACCCUCAGUGGUGGAAGUUUGUCCACACGAACGGUGAUGGAUACUGCGAGAGAGUCAACGGGGGAAUAGUCUCCGACUGCAAUCAAUGGGACUACGACCACUCGAUCCAUCGAUCCACGAUUCUCGAGCAGUGGAACUUGGUAUGUCACAACGAUUACCUGAAACCGUUCCCUCAAGCCUUGUCCAUGGCGGGUCUGAUAGUAGGGAACGUCGUUUUCAGCGCGUUCAGUGAUCACUACGGUCGCAAGCCUGCAGUUUAUUUGGGCAUCUUGCUCUGUGCCGUCUCCGGAAUCGCUGCUACCGCUACAAGCAAUUUCGUCGUGUUCAAUGUCGGUCGAUUCCUCUCGUCGGUAUCGAAAAUCGGAAUUCAAGCUUCGAUCGUCAUCUAUCUCGAAGUCAUCAAACCCUCGUAUCGGUGGAUGUUCUCGCUGCUGAACGGAUUCGGUUUCCAUCUCGGAAUGCUAGCCGUAGCCCUGACCAGCUAUUACGGUGAUAGUUGGCGUUAUCUACAAGGUCUCAUAGGAGGUCCUGCGAUCGCUGUCCUACCGUUCCUGUUUUUCGUAUGGGAAUCUCCGAGGUGGCUCCUCUCGCAGAAAAGACUCGACGAAGGCGUCGAAGUCAUCGAGAAGAUCUGUCGCUUCAACAAAAUACCGAGAACGCAGGUCGACUUCCAUUUGCCAGCGAUUCGCAGAAAAUACGAACAGCUGUCACCGCCGAAAGCCAACAGCCCCAUGGAUCUCCUGCGGAAUAGACCCGGGUCUGGGAAACGAAUGGCCCCGAACACACUCGUCAUGUGGUACCUGUGCUUCACGCAGGGGAUUCUUUUCUACUCGGCCACAUUCGUCUCAACGUCGCUCGGAACCAGUCCUCACGUCUCGUUCUGCAUUCCCAUUGUCGGGGAAUUGAUCGCGAUCACGCUGGUGGCGGUCGGCGUGAAGUUCAUGCGACGGAAACUCAUCGUGUACAUCACUACGACUUUCGGGGCUCUCGGUUUUUAUCUGAUGGCUCUCACCGAACAACUUGUUUCUGCACCGAACCAUUACUAUCUGCAGAUGGGCUCCAUUAUCAUCAUUCGUUCAUCAUCAGCUGCAUUCACUCAAAUAUAUCCGGUGUACAGCGCCGAACUGUAUCCCACCCCCUUGAGAAAUGUCGGAAUCGGUUUCUGUGACCUGAUGUACAGACUCGCUUCAACGGUCGAUCCUUUCGGAAGGUACUACCUGCCGAAAAUCCACAGUCAUCUCCUGCCGCUAUUAUACGGAUCGAUGAGUCUCCUGGGAGCCGUAUUGACCCUGGUCCUCCCGGAGACUUUGAAUUUAGCUCUCGACGACGGAAUCUUCAACCGUCUCUCAAGGAGGAUGUCCGAGCUCGCUUCCCAAAUACGCAGGGCUUCUAUGGCGUUCAGGAGGUCAUCGGCGGCGGCCACGACAGGAGGCUCCAUGGAUCGAAAGCGACCGAAGGAGGCGACAAUAGAAGAGGUCUCUGAAGACGGUUCGACAAAGUUCUGAAGGGUCUGAGAAUCCACCUCCCGCAGAAUUCGGGGGAGCGCUCGAUGAGAUUGUCAAUCUGCCAUCCGCGGUUCGGUCAGCGGAAUCAAU